CAGAAGACUUAACAGAAAUAGAGCAGUUACAUUAUAAGAAGCAGGGAGAGUUUAUAGAGAAAAGUAAGCAGGAGGAUGUGGAGUUAAGAGACAUGAAGAAGGACGGCGUUACUGAGCUAAUGCAGGAGGAGGAAAUUGAGGAGUUUGAAGAUGAGAAGCAGGAAGAAUUUAAAGAAGGGGAGAAGCAAGAGGAGGUGGAAAUGUUGGAUGAGAAGAACCAUGAAGUAGAUGGCGAGUCAGUAGAGGAGAUGCAGAAAACUGCAUCUCCUCUAUUAGACUAUUUGAAGUGGGACAUGUUUAAAGAGAGGGAUACGCUGAAAAAUAUAGAGAUUGAUGACAAGCAUGGAAAACAGGGGGAUUUUACACAGACGGGGGAGGUAAAUGACUUUGAAGAUGAGAAGCAGGAAGGGUUUGAAAGAAGGGAAAGGUGUGAGGUGGUGGAUGCUUUAGUAGAGAAGAUGCAAGAAGUAGUGGAGGAGUUAAAGGAGGAGAAACUAGAAGAGUUUAAAGAGAGGGAGGAGGAGGUGGGAAAAUUAGAGGAGAAAAAGUAUGAAGUGAGUGGCGAGUCAAGAGAAGAGUUAGAGGACAAGGGGAAAGAAAAGUUCAAAGACAGGGAGCUGGAGGAACUGGAAAAGUUAGAGAAGUAUGAAGUGGAUGUUGAGUCAAUAGAAAGGUUUAAAAAGAACAUGCAAGAAGAUUUCAAUGACAAGGAGCAGCAAGAGGUGGAGAAGUAUGAAGUGGAUGUUGAGUCAGGAGAAGACUUACAGGGGAAGGACAAAAUGGAGGAGAUCAAAAUGAAGAAGUGGGAGGAGGCAGGUGACUUUGAAGAGUUAAAUGAGUUUGAAAGCGGGAACCAGGAAGAUUUAAACAAAGGAAUUAACCAGAAUGAAGUUGGAGAGAAGAGAAAAGGAGGGGUAAUAAAGUGGAAACGCAAGGAGGAAACGCAAGAGUUUAAUAGGGACCUUAAGGUAAGUGAAGACAUGCAGAAGGUUAGUCAAUUUGUGGAUCAGAGGAAUGUUAAAGAGGAACUUGAGAGUCUUGAAUGUAUGGAUGAACUUUGUACUCAAAUUGAUCAAAAUGAAAUCAUAACAGAAAGAGUAGAACACAGUUUUGAGGAUGGAUCCAACUUUCUGUAUGAUGCGUCACCACUAACACACGUUCUCCUAGCAGACGGCACACAAGAAAACCCAAAGAUCGUCUUCGAGGACAUUGAGCACGAGUUUACUGGUUUGACGUUGGAUCAGACGGGCAAAACUGAGGUUACGGAAAAUGCGCCACAUUUAGAUGAGAACGGUGACGGGGUUCCUCAUAAGAUCUUUCAGCGUCUGUAUUCAGUUGAGACUAAUGGAGAAACACUCAUGUGUGAUGGAUGCGAAGGUGAAUCCAGAAACAAUUUACAGAUGACAGAGUUUGAUGAAAAAAGUAAAGUCACAACAGGAAGUGGUGGAAUAUUUGACCCUUUAAAAAAAGUCAUUUCAUCAGGCCAAAGGCCAAUCAAUAAAAUAAAAGAGUUGACGGAAACUCCCUCAGGAUUUGCUGGACAAUCGACUGAGAUGUCAAAGCCACAACCCCUUCAGACUCCCGAACAAGAGCUGGACUCCACAACAAAUAAUGAUAAAGACGUGCAAACAAACUUGCAGCCACCAUCUCAAUCCCUGACACAGAAUCCCCAAUCCACUUUUCUCCUUUGGAACACAGCAAAGCCCCUCCUUUACAACUACAAGACUCUGCAAGACCACAUGGGCGUAGAAGAGACAACUAUUUUGGCUGAGCUAUUAGGGGAAAAGAAAUUCAAACUUUUGGAUUACAUUCUUGGCCAUCCAGAUGUUUUUACUGAAGAUGUUGAUCGUGAUGAAUCAAUAUUGUUGGAGAUAGAAACACUUCUGCACGACCGCAGCAUGGGACUCUCUGAUGCACCAGAAGAUGACAAAGACAAGACCAGAUCCAUUAUUGCAAUUCAGAAACUAGAAAUACUGCUGAAAAGAGCAAGAGACACGUCCAACACCAGAAAAUCAGACAUCAAUAGAGCAAACACUCAAGCUGGGCCAAGCUGCAAAGAUCAAGAGACAGCGGGGGUGAUGUUGGGGAAACGGAAGGAUGGAGGCCCACAGAGAGAAGAAAACAAGGAAGGAGGAUGCGAAGAAAUGUCCUUGGUGUCUCACAGUCAGACCGUACCAUCAGAGUUACUGGAAGGCAUAAUGGCGCAGAUAGAUGUUAUCCGUCGCAUUCCAGAACAGUUAUCCUCUCCGACUCAUGCAACGAAGGACUUCCUCAGAUGGCUGACACAGCAGGUUGUGUCAUCACUACCUGAUGACAUCAGGCCUGGGGCUGACCUCUAUGGAAUCCCAUGGGAACCAAUUAUCUUCUCCAGUCUGUUGGGGUUGGUGAUGGUGUUAUUGUUCAGUUGCAGAUGUUACAGUUCUGUCAAAAGCAGAAUGUAUCGACGUAAAGAAUGGUGGAUGGCUGAGCAGGUUGCACAACUGCUUGAAGAGAAGUGUGAGGUCCUGGAAACUCUCAGUAAAUGUCAACAAGAGUACGAUGAGCUGGAAAACUUACUAAGUGACCGCGGCGCCUCAGCUGAAACCCAUAAGACGAGAGAUCUGGAGGUCAGAGCCCAACAGUUAGACCUGGCUAAAACUCAACUGGAAGAAAAUCUACAAGAAUUGAAGGAUCAGUUGGAUCAGCAUAGAGCACACCGAAUAGAACAGGAAAAAAAGCUCACACUCCUUGAGCAGAGCAUGGAAGCAAAGGAGGAAGAAACCAAGGAGCUCCAAUCACAAGAACAACAGGCUCAAACAACCAUUAAAGUGUACAAUAUGAACACUGACAGACUACAGAGGAAUCUGGAAACAUCUGCAGAAGAAAACACUCUGCUCAAGGAAAGCAACACACAGUUAAGACAACAGAUGGAGGGAUGGGCAGAGCGAGUGAGUGAGCUGGAGGAGGAGAUGAGGAGGUAUGAAAUGGCCCACAGUGGAAUGGUGCAGGAUGUGGCCAACAAGGAUGAACGUAUAAUGUCCCUCACCGAUCGGCUGCUGGGGAUGAAAGCUUGGGAUGCCGAUUUAGAGGGAGAUGGAGGCGACACAUCCAAGGAGGCUACAGGGAGAGCAGAGAGGAAUGGAAAAAUGGAUGUAACCGCUUCAGAAGUCCAUCUCCAGAAAGUCCAAAAACUUAUUUAUGCUGCUAAGCUAAAUGCAGACCUCAAAUCAGUUGAUGAAGACAAGGACAGAGUGUUUGCCAAACUUAAUGAUGAAGUAAAAGCUAAAGAGGACCUAGAAGUGAGCAUUAAGGAGUUGGAGAAUGAGCAAUUAUCUAUGCAAGCUGACACUGAGCACUACUCUGAACAGGUCCAGCGACUGCAACAAAAACUCCAGAUUAUGACUGAAAUGUACCAAGAGAAUGAGCUCAAACUACACAGGUUGCUGACAGUGGAGGAAAAGGAGCGGCUGCAGAAAGAAGACAAAUUGAAUAAAGCAGACAAAAACAUUGCCUUGGCAAUGGAGGAACUCAACAACUACAAGCUUCGUGCGGGGGAGAUGGAGGAGGAGCUGGAGAAAACCAAGCAGUCGUAUCAGACCCAGAUAUCGGCUCAUGAGAAGAAGGCUCACAAUAAUUGGCUUGCAGCCCGGGCAGCAGACAGAGCGCUAUCAGACAUCAAGAGAGAGAACGCCCUCCUCAGGCAGAAGCUUACAGACACUCAGUUUAAGUUGGAUGCCCUCGACAAAGAUCCAUUUGCCUUAGACAGCCUGGCUAGGCCUUUACCGUUCCGAGCUGAAAGAUUGCCAUAUGGUCCAUCUCCAUUGGGUCGACCUGCGUCUGAAAACCGAGCUUCACUCUCGCCUCCCACGCUUCUUGAAGGGCCUUUAACCAGACUGUCACCAAGAGUAACUCGUGGUCCAGUCGAGCCCCCUACUGCUCAAGGGGAGCUAGAGCGGAGUGGAGGACAUUCAGACAGCGGCUCGAUCUCUCCUUCAUGGGAAAGAGAUCGCAGGGGACCCCCUGGACCAUUCCCCCCUCAGGGCUAUACAUUUCCUGAACCAGAAGGUCCAGUCUACAGGAGACCUGGUGCUCCUCCAGGUCCUCCUUUUCCCCACCCAAGGGGUCUUAAUUCCGGGCCCCUGGGACUCAUCCACCCUGGAGACACAACAGAUGGUGCACACAGAGAAAACAGCCUAGGGCCUGAGCAGGCUCGUAGAGAGGUCCUGGUGAUCGAAGGACUCCCCCUGAAUCGGCUCUGAGAACGGGCAUGGCGCCACCUCCAAUGGGCCCCGUAGAUGGCCCAUUUCCUCGACGAGCACCCUAUGGACCGCCUGAUUUCUUCCCUCCCAGA